AACGGAUCUGUCAUCCCAUCUUUUAGUGCCUUGACCUUGAAUCUUAUAUACUUCAAAGUCAUCUAACGUCCAUCUUUCGCCAUUUUCGUUGCAAUCACGUCUUUGCUGGCUUGCUCUCAAUUGGUCCAUCUUUCCCCUACCGAUCCGUCAUCUGCGCACGGGCGAUAUCCCAACCAAAGCGACCAUGUACUCCUACAACGCGACAGAAUGUGGUAUGUACGCCGCAGACGAUAAAGACACAACAUCCGCAACUCUCAAACACCUCGAAUACCUUCCACCCUCCGCCUCCACCGCACCGCUAUCCGCAUCCUCAAUCCCCCGGACCUCUCGCGCCCGUCUCUCCCAACCAGACGUCUCACCAACUCCCUUCCCCGAUGAACCGAUCCCCGUACCCGCUGCGGCGGCGGGCGGCUCAGACCUCCCAUCAUCCAGCACCGUCCUCUACCUCGCCUACGGCUCCAACAUGUGCGCCAAGACGUUCCUCGGCAUGCGCAACAUCCUUCCCCUAAGCCAAGUGAACGUCUCGGCGCCUUCGAUCCGUCUGACCUUCGACCUGCCCGGGAUCCCCUACCUGGAGCCCUGCUUCGCCAACAUUGCUUUGCGGAAGCUUCCCAAGAAGCCACCAGUGGUACCGAUCCCGCCUCUCGACCCGCCCCAUCUCCCACCUCCGGGUAAACAUCAACCACCGGCCAAGGAGAACUCUGCGGACUCGGAUUGGAACAUGGAAACCGGCGGUCUCAUCGGCGUAGUCUACGAAGUAACAGCACAAGACUACGCCACCAUCCUAGCCACCGAAGGCGGCGGGGCCAGCUACCACGAGAUCUUGGUCCCCUGCAUCGAACUGCCCGCGCCCGUUCGCAUUCCCGAGCAUCCACGCCCGGACUUGCCUAGACCUUUUCUGGCAAGGACGCUGUACGCUCCUCAGUUGCCUGAGAACCUCCCUGACGAUGGCGGCAACGACCCUAAGCACCCCAGCCCUAAGCAGCCUCCCAGCUUUUCUUUCACCGGCGGAGGAGACUCCGAUCCCUCCGACCCCAAGGAACCCCCCACCAAACCCGACGAGCCACCCUCCCUCCCCCCAAAAUGGCGCCGCGCCCUCUCCAAACUCCUCCUCCCCAUCCAUCGCCCCACCUCCCCCCCAGCCCAACCCUCCCUCCGCUACCUCACCCUCCUCCGCUCCGGCGCCGUGGAACACGAACUCCCCGCCUCCUACCAGUCAUACCUUAACAACCUCGAGCCCUACACCAUCACCUCCUGCCGGCAGCAAAUCGGCCGUUUGAUAUUUAUGGUCAUCUGGAUGCCGCUUUUCUUCUUUGUGUUGAAAGCCACGAAAUGGGUUGCUGACGACAAGGGCAAGGUUCCGGGGUGGGUGGCGGGGACGAUGAGCGUUAUGAUGCAUUUUGUUUGGGGGAGCUAUGAUUUUGUUUUUAAGCCGCUUUUUGGGGAGGGGGAGAGGACUGUUCACGAUGAUGAGGGGGGAAAGGAUAAGGAAGGGGUGGGGGAGGAUCAAAAGGGAUGGGUGAAUGGCAGAAAGAGAUCGGGGUCUUGGUUGAGUAGGAGGAGGAGUGAGAUGGUGGUUGAUGAUGAGGAAAAGAGAUGUUUGUUGGGGGAUACUUUGGAGGAGGAUGAGUGAAGGAAAGGAUUUGGGGAUGAGGUUAUCUUGCAUGGCGUUACUAUAGGCUUGAUUUAGGGUGUUUGCACUCUUCACGGUUCACUUGGAGAUCAUAUCGACACAGCAUAGGAUACACGAAGAAAGUCCCAUUACGCCAUGAGCUAAAGACGCCGUACAUAUACAGAAUU